AUGAGGAGCCCGGAUGUGUUCCUGCUGGCAUGUUGCGUUGGCACCCUGUGCUUACUGGGAGGUGCGUCUGACAUGGAGAAGACUCUGCUGAAGAAGCUCUUUACAGACUACAACCUGAAGGUGCGGCCAGCAUCCAGCCCUGAGGAGAGGGUGGUGGUCCGUGUGGGUAUGGUCCUGUCCUCCUUCGUUGGACUGAACAUGAAAAAUGAAGAAAUGAGCACCAUUGUUGUCAUGAAUCUGGAGUGGACGGAUCAUCGGUUGUCAUGGAAACGCGAGGAGUACGAUGGCAUUGAGGUGAUGCGUAUCCCCGCCGGGAAAGUUUGGCUGCCUGACAUAGUCCUCAUAAAUAAUAAUGACGGGGUGUUUGAUGUGGCACUGCAUGUCCACGUCCAGGCUUAUAGUAAUGGCAGAGUAACCUGGACCCCCCCAGCACUCUACUGCAGCUCUUGUGGAGUUAAGGUAACAUACUUCCCGUUUGACUGGCAGAACUGCACCAUGCAGUUCCAAUCUUACACGUACGACUCGACAGAGAUCGACGUGCAGUAUGCACUGGACUCGAAGAGAAACGAGAUCAGGGAGAUCCAACUGGACGAGGCUUACACUGAGGGCGGCGAGUGGACCAUCAAACACAAGCCGUGCAGGAAGAACAUGAACGAUGAUCAAUAUGAAGUCAUGACCUUCUACCUCAUCAUAGAGAGGAAGCCCCUUUACUACGUCUUGAACAUCAUUCUCCCCUGCAUCCUCAUCACCAUCAUCGCCAUCUUUAACUUCUACCUGCCUCCGGACGCAGGAGAAAAGAUGGGUCUGUCAAUCAACGUGUUGCUCACCCUGACCGUGUUCCUUCUGCUGCUGGCCGAUAAGAUCCCAGAGACGUCGCUGGGGGUCCCCAUCAUCGUCAACUACAUAAUGUUCACCAUGAUCCUGGUCACAUUUUCUGUCAUCCUCAGCGUGGUCGUCCUAAACCUGCACCAUCGCUCACCCAGCACCCACAUGAUGCCCAUGUGGGUCCGAAAGAUCUUCAUCCACCUGCUGCCUCCUUACCUGUACAUGCUGAGGCCAAAAGUUGAGACUCCCUUGUCCCUGGAGUUCAUGCCCCGUCGAGAGAAAAAGGUGUUCACCAUCAGCAAGGCGGAUGAGUACUUCAUCCGUAAGCCCGACUCCUCCAUCUUGUUCCCGAAGCCCAACAGGUUCCACCCGGAGGGCAUGUGUACGGAUCUGAGGAAGUACAUUGACGGCCCCAGCAGCUACCUCACGCUACCCGACGAGCUGAAGUCAGCCAUUGAAGCCAUCACCUUCAUCGCCGAGGCCUUGCAGGCAGAGAAGGACUUCGAGGCGCUGAGAGAGGACUGGCAGUAUGUAGCCAUGGUGGUGGACCGCAUGUUCCUCUGGAUCUUCGUCAUCUUCACCACUGUGGGAACCUUGGCCAUCUUUGCUGAUGCUAGCUUCCACCGCACACCCACCGAUCCCUUCAAAGCCCCCUGAAGCAGUGGGGCAUUUGUGCUUCUAGAGCUGUACACAACCCUGAUUCCCCACCAAUUCCCCACCAACCGGGAAGUUGAUUCACUGUAUUCAACUACCAAAUGGUCCCCUGGGUGUAGUUCUGCAUAAGCCAACAAUUUCCAAACCCCAAACUUUAGAGCAGGCUAGAAACUAGACCCUCCCCACCCCCCCUUUAACCUUGGAGGAUGGCUUGUUGUUUGACCUUUUUUUAUUGUAUCCUAUCCUUUUCUUUGCAUUCAACCUGAAUUUCUAACCAGCAGCGACCUCUGGUUGUGAAGGGGAAGCAUUCUUUACAUAGACGUCUAUGAGAAAAGCACCAUUCACUUAAUUUAUUGCACCAGGAAACAUGAGUUUAUGAUCUCCAUCCCUCUUUUCUAUUCCCCAUGUUCAUUCAGUAUAUUAUGUUCCAUUUAUAAACAAAUAGACUGUAAAGUUUACUGUGUCUAGACAUAUGUAUACGGAAUGCUUUAGGGCGUAGCUACCAUGCGAUUCGCAGGUCAACACAGACGAAAGGCGGGUGACUGCGUCCUUUUUGGACAGCCUAGGAAUUGUGAGUAAAUAGAAUAAAUAAUAAAUAAAUGAAUGAACACCUUGAGGAUUUGCUCAGUAGCUUCUCUGCCUCAUUUCUUAAUAUUAUCACUCUUAUUUCGUAAAUCCUCUAUCAAAGUAAAUCCAAACUGCAGUAUGUGUACAAAGUAAUUGCAACAUGCUAACCAAGUCGAUGUCGGUGCACCUGGAAUGUGUGUAGAUCCCAGCUACUUGUGUGUGGAUUUGUGUCUUUGCUACAGUAGGAAUCUUGGUCCGAGCGUGGAUCCAGAGUUGGAUCUUCAUGCAGGGUGUUCACACAUAAACACCAAGACCAACCAGAUGCUUUAAUGAGCAGGCUGUAUGCCUUUCAUUUCCCUCUGUCAGAAUGUGCCGGAGCGCGGCACAUGCUUUCUGUAUAUUUCUGCAGCCAUAGUAAUCCUCUUUGUAUUUUCGGCACAGACGUGUGUGCAUGAGUGUGCGUUUGCAUGGAGGCUAUUCUCAUGUCGGAGUUCACCAGCUGCACCAAUAGCUGCUGGAAUUCCCAUUAUAUAGGAGACCUGCAUCUCUCAGUCUCUCGCCUUCUCAGACACACACGCCAUGUGGCCUUUUUUAAUCCCACACGACAUAAACAUAAACCUGCCCUUUGAAUCUUUUGUCUCAUUUAGUCUCUGUUUGUUUUUUAAAUAAAGAUCUGAAGAGAAGGUA